AUGUUAUAAAUUAUAAUCUUCAUUCUCCUUCUAAGCCUUGCCUUAAACUAUAUUACAUAUGAUUCUGGACUAUUUUAGGAUUUUGAUUGGUUUGGUUCAUCAGGUUUUGCCUGUAUGAAUUCAUUUACAAAAACUUCUACGAUUACUUUCUCUGGGCAAUUUGAGAAUACCCCUUAAGUUAUUACAACUUUAGAAUUUAUAGAUUUAACAACAGCUUCAACGUAACUUGAAUUUUAAAUUACUUCAAUAACUAAACAAAGUAAUAAUGAUAAUUAUAAAUAGCAUUUUCGGUAAUGGCCUAUUGUGGAUUUAAUAGAGUUACAACAAUAUAAAUAAGAUGGUUUGCAAUAGAUGAUUAAAGAAUAGAAGUUUUUAAUAAUUUUAAUAUGAUUAAUCCAGACGAUAAGACAUUUUAAAUAAAAAAUAGAAAUGCAUAAAGUGGUUUUGUAGUAAUGACAAGUAUACAUUAUAUAGGUCCAAUUGAUUUUCUAUUAUCAGUAUAAAUAUUUAAUAAUUAUAAAGAUGAGUUAAAUAACAAUGUAAUAAGUGACUGUUAGUAUAACAAAAGUAGCAGGAAAAUUUACAAAUCUUAAGUAAAUUGGAUAUUAACUUAUUGUUGCAGUUGAUGAAGCAUUUGUCAAUCUAGGAUUAUAAUCUGUUACAGGCGCUUUUAAUAGUGGAAUACUUCCUAUUUAGCCUAAUAGAUGGUUUGCUAUUGCUAUCUAAGGAUUUAAUUAUUCUAAUUCUAAAAAUAUUAGAGUUAAAGCUAUAUUUACUAAUACACCAACUACAAUAUCAUAUACUUGGGGAACAUGUAUUUAUAUUCAUUUUAAUAUUUAAAUAGGGUAUGAUAUAGAAACUCCUAAUACUCAUUCUUAAAUUUGGAUUGCUUAUUAAUUUGUCAAUUCUUAUAAAGCUCUUGAAUGUUUUACUAUAAGAACUAGUAGAAAAUACAUUUAAGAUUUAACUAAUCUACCUAAAUUUUCUUUAAAAUUUGACAUUGUUAAUUAAAUUUAUAAUACAAUUGGAAAUUAUAAUUAUAUCCUAGAUAAAUCUAUUACUCCUUUUAUUAUGAGUAUUGAAAUUAAAUGUUAAGCUGAUAUGAAGAUUUAGGCAGAGUUUAAUAAAUGUAAUGCUUGCAAUACUUAAAAAUUUCAUGUUUUUAAAUAUAAUUGUUUUAAUUAGAUGAAUUAUGUUGGGUUCUUCCCAAAAUUUAAAUAAGCAUUUUAAUAAUAUAAUCAUUUAAAAAUUAAUAUGCAAGAAACAUCCCUUGAAAUUAUUUAAGUACUUUACGAUUAAAAAAUUAUAGAAUAAACUAUUGUAAAAAUAGAAUUAUUCACUUAAUGA